AUGAAGUGGACGCUGUAUAAGCUCCAUUUCGAUGAAGCCGUCAGAUCGAUGAAGGUUCUUAACACGGCAAAGGCUAUCAUCCAGACGCAUCCGGACCUUGCUCCAGCACGACAAGGAACCACGAAUAAUGGCAAUGGCAACAAUGCCAGUCGCGACAAUGGCGGAUACCGCGAACGGUAUGCCGGAGGCAACAAUAAGCCUAACAAACCAAAGGAGAUGGCUGUAACCACCAUUGUCGACAUGGCUGCUUUCGCCGAACGGCUCCGCGAUGCGCGAGCCUCUGGCCCAGACGACGCUAGUCGCAACAACGAAUCUGCGCCGCUAUGUGUCGCCGAUGCAUUUAUCUAUGCGCCGAUCAAUCACGACUACGUGUCGCCAUCAAGUAUGACCCCUCCGAACCCCGUCUCCACUACUGCUGACGAUAAUAAGGUCUUUGAACCAAGUGUGUCCGAGAGCAGUAGGAAGGAAACAGAGGGGGGGGGGGGGAGGUAA